UUAGGACCCCGGGUUGGUGGGGUCAGAAGGAGCUGGGGGCUCCUUGCUCCGGGACGGCUGGGCCUGCUGGGGUGCUGGGCGCCUCGUGUGGCCCCCGGAACAGGUUUCUGAUCCCCACCUUGGCUGUGACCACUGAUGGAGCAAGAGCAAAAACUGUUGGUCUCAGAUUCUAGUGGCUUCCAGGAGAGGGAGAGUUUGAAAAGCCCUUUUACAGGAGGUGAAAGUAAGAAUAAUUUGGAAACUGUUCAACACCAUAACUCCAAGGCAGAGAAAGAGAAAGCCUCAAAAUGGUCUAAAGGAGAUGGUCUGCAAAAUUGUAAGCAUGAGGAUACAAAAGAAAUUCCAUUGACAUGGUCCCAAGGAAAUGAGAUCUGGUGUAAUGAUUCCCGUGAGAAUGAUGGCAAGUCAGAGAAUCAGGGAAAUUCUACAGGAAAAGAAGAAAAACCCAGUCACUGGGGAUGGGACCCAGGGGAACACUGCAGUGCCUCUGUCCAGCAGAAUUCAACCUUCAAAGACAAACCCUAUACAUGUUCUGAAUGUUGGAAAAGCUUCAACAACAGUUCCCAUUUGCGUAUUCACCAGAGGACCCACUCAGGAGAAAAACCUUAUAAAUGCUCUGAGUGUGGGAAAUGCUUCAGUAACAGCUCUCACCUGAUUCAACAUCUGCGAACACACACAGGAGAGAAGCCCUACCAGUGUGCUGAAUGUGGGAAAAGCUUCAGCAAUACCUCCCAUCUAAUUAUCCAUGAGAGGACUCACACGGGAGAGAAACCCUAUAAAUGUCCUGAGUGUGGAAAGAGCUUUAGUAGCAGCUCCCACCUUAUUCAGCACCACAGAUCACAUACUGGUGAAAAACCAUAUGAAUGUCCUGUUUGUGGGAAAUGCUUCAGCCACAGUUAUGUCCUGAUAGAACAUCAGAGGAUUCACACUGGAGAAAAACCUUAUAAGUGCCCUGACUGUGGAAAGAGUUUUAGUCAGAGUUCUAGCCUGAUUCGCCACCAGCGGACACACACAGGCGAGAAACCCUACAAAUGUUUUGAGUGUGGAAAAAGCUUUGGUUGUAAUUCGACUCUCAUAAAGCAUCAGCGAAUUCAUACUGGAGAAAAACCAUAUCAGUGUACAGAAUGCGGGAAGAGUUUCAGUCGAAGUUCCAACCUAAUCACACACCGGAAAACCCAUGCAGGAGGAAAGCCCUAUGAAAGUUCUGAAUAUGAAGAAAGUUUGAGUCAGAACUGUAGUGUGAUAGAAGACUGCAGAAUCCAGCCUGGGGAGAAGCCAUACAAAUGUUGCGAAUGUGGAAAGCGUUUUGGCCUCAGCUCCCAUCUUAUUAGACAUCAGAGAACACACACGGGAGAAAAACCUUACAGGUGUUCAGAGUGUUGGAAGACUUUUAGUCAGAGCUCCACCCUGGUGAUUCACCAAAGGACACACACAGGAGAGAGACCGUACAAGUGUCCUGAGUGUGGUGAGUGCUUCAGUCAGAGCUUUAAUCUUAUCAGGCACCGGAGAACUCACAUGGGAGAAAAACCUUACAAAUGCAGUGAUUGUGAGAAAUGCUUCAGCAGAAGUGCCUAUCUCAAUCAGCAUCGGAAAACUCACAUAGAAAAGUCUUUUGAGUCUCCUGAAGUUGAAGCUUUUCCUCAUGGGUGGACCUGGAAAAACUGUCCAGGGGAAAUAGCCCUCAUCUCUUUUUCGGUCCCAAACCCAUCUUCCUCUUGAGUCCCAAAGCCUGUUUAUUUAUUUAUUUUUUCCUUUUCUUACUGGACCAUUACAAUUAAGGUGUUGCUGCGAAGUUUCUUUGGUGUGUUUGCCAUAAUGUCUGAAAAAAGUUAACCUCCCAGGUUAGAGAAUGUGAAGGCCCUGGUCCCCUGUUCAUUACAUCUGCCCAGUGAGAGAUGCUGCCAACGAAUGAGAAGAAAUGUUUUUUGAUUAAGGUAAAAUUGGAAUAGCUUGAAAGGAAAAUAUAAAGAGAAUUCCUGGAAAUAAGGACAUCUGAGAGCUUGAAGCUGAGCUAGUCAUUGAAUUUCCCUAUUUCCUCUUGCCUGAUUGGGUGGCAAUAAUUUGUUACUGGCCUCAGGGAUUUAUCCAGAGAAAAAUUCUUUUUGAACAAUUAAUGUGAUUUCUUGGCUGUUUUGGUAGGUCUUAAGAAAAGACUCAGUUUUUUUAUUUUUUUAACGAUUUUAUUUAUUCACGAGAGACACAGAAAGGCAGAGACACAGGUAGAGGGAGAAGCAGGCUCCAUGCAGGGAGCCUACGUGGGGCUCGAUCCGGGUGUCCAGGAUUAUGCCCUGGGCUGAAGGUGGCGCUAAACUGCUGGGCCAUCCAGACUG